AUGUGCAAGGUCUUACAGCUAUACCACACCCAUACUCAACAGAUGCCUGCCACCCACAUUCUGCUGCUGGACAUCUACAGGCAUGCAGCGGGUCCAGACCCCUUGCUCAACAAUCUCCAGGUUAUUAGGGAUGAUCUUAAAUACUUGGGGACCAAGCUUGAGCACUGGCUCACCAAAAAGAUCAAAGACGGGAGCACCACUUUAGAAGAAAUGACCCGCCUCAAAGGUCCAGUGGAUGACCUGCAUGAUGCCAUGGCAGCUUCGCAGCAGCUCUUGGGUGCUGAUUGGGGGAACCCUGCAUCAGGUUCACUGUAUAGAAAUUUAUUUUGGUAG